AAGCAUUUUGAAUGCUCAGAGUGUGGAAAGAGAUUUAGUCAGAGUGGCACUCUUCGAAAGCAUCAGAGAACCCACAGAGGGGAGAAGCCUUUUGAAUGCUCAGAGUGUGGAAAGAGAUUCAGUCAGAGUGGUAAUCUUCAAAGGCAUCAGAGAACCCACACAGGGGAGAAGCCUUUUGAAUGCUCAGUGUGUGGAAAGAGAUUCAGAGGGAGUGGUAAUCAUCAAAGGCAUCAGAGUAGCCACACAGGGGAGAAGCCUUUUGAAUGCUCAGAGUGUGGAAAGAGAUUCAGUCAGAGUGGCACUCUUCAACAGCAUCAGACAACCCACACAGGGGAGAAACCUUUUGAAUGCUCAGAGUGUGGAAAGAGAUUUAGUCAGAGUGGCACUCUUCGAAAGCAUCAGAGAACCCACACAGGGGAGAAGCCUUUUGAAUGCUCAGAGUGUGGAAAGAGAUUCAGUCAGAGUGGCCAUCUUCAAAGGCAUCAGAGGACCCACACAGGGGAGAAGCCUUUUAAAUGCUCAGAGUGUGGAAAGAGAUUCAGUCAGAGUGGCGAUCUUCAAAGGCAUCAGAGAAGCCACACAGGGGAGAUGCCUUUUGAAUGCUCAGAGUGUGGAAAGAGAUUCAGUCGCAGUGCCGAUCUUCAAAGGCAUCAGAGGACCCACACAGGGGAGAAACCUUUUGAAUGCUCAGUGUGUGGAAAGAGAUUCAGUGAGAAUGGCCAUCUUCAAAGGCAUCAGAGGACGCACACAGGGGAGAAGCCUUUUGAUUGUUCAGAGUGUGGAAAGAGAUUCAGUCAGAGUGGCGAUCUUCAAAGGCAUCAGAGGACCCACACAGGGGAGAAGCCUUUUGAAUGCUCAGAGUGUGGAAAAAUAUUUAGUCAGAGUGGCAGCCUUCAAACGCAUCAGAGAACCCACACAGGGGGAAAGCGUUUUGGAUGCUCAGAGUGUGGAAAGAGAUUUAGUAGGUGUAGCAGUCUUCAGUAUCAUCAGAGAACCCACACAGGGCAG